AUGUCAACUGUUGCACCACAAAUGAGACCUGAAGUUAAUCGCUCACAUACUUUUCCAUCCACUUCGGCGCAAAACACAAGACGUCGUCGCAGAGACACUUUUGUAGAACGAUUGCUCAAGGAUCCUAUGUUACAAACUAUGGCCGAUAUCGGUAAACAAGAAGGUGCAAUUAAACCGCUUCCUGCGCCGCAGCGCGCAAGAACCAUAAAUAUUUCUGAAUUUCAACAAUAUUAUCGUCAUUUUCAAGAUGCUUGUCAUCUCGUCACUGAAAAAGACCAUAUGACCGGAUUUAAGGUUCAUAAUUUAUAUUAUUUAGGUCAUAUUUUUAUCGGAUUUCCCUUAGCAAGGGAUAUUAAAUGA